GUGUACAACUGCUGUUUAAAAUGCAGUUUCCGCAUUACUAGUCUAGAAAGAAUAAAAACAAUGCUUAUUCGUCGCCACUAUUUAUUUAAAUAAUCGGCGGCGACGGCAUAUUUUUACACAAAAUUUUACAUUGUAACGAUUAUAGCGACAGUUUCCAGACGAUAAUUUUUUCAUUAAAAUGCUGAACAUUUUAUAUGUAUUGGUUGUAAUAUGUGUCGUAAAAGAAGCGGAAAUGUCGAUUUUUCCCUUAAUCGGAUCAGAUUAUUUUAGUUCUGGUCUAAAUUUGUUUCGGUUUCCAAUUACAUUUUAUGAUUUUACGAUUGGUGUAAAUUUUUUUGGUUUCCACGCUUCUGCUGGUCUGGCUGGAGGAUUGUUGGCAAAGCGUUGGAGUCCUGGUGGUCCACACGCUGAAGCAAGCACACCGUUUGGGCAAAGUGCGGGAGCAGGACUUGGAAUGAGGUUUGAGAACGGAUCAACUAUUGGAUAUUUAUAUGCUGAGGCCCAGUUAGGUCGUGAGGUCUUUGGAGUAUGUGUGUUGUUAAGUGAAUUAUAUGUUACUGGUGUGAAAAUCCUUCCCUGGAAUAAAUGUGCAAGUACUUUAAAUAUUACGGUGCCUUAAUAUGUUCGCCCACUUUCACAUUUCUACUUGUGCAUUGCUAAACGUAAGUUAAAUUUAAAAUAAUCGCUGAUACUGAUUUUACCUAAGGCAUAACAUGACUGCAAAUGUGAAACUAAAUAAAUAAUUAAAUACUCUUCUUACAUAAAAUAAGCUAAACAUAUAUGUUAAAUUUAACUACAUAUUUCCCUUUCAGAAAAUAUUUCUAUAUAUGUAUAUACAGGGUUAGUCACGAGAGAAUUACUUCUGAAAAUUAUUUUUACGCAACCCAAAAUACGAAUACCAUGUACCAUUUGAUACUAACUGAAAUUAAAAUGAAAUGCUUAAUCCAUGAUUGCUUUGAGUUUGACAAUCUCAUUUUGACAAUUGUGGAAAAGGAGGUUACGCGAGUGUCCAUGGUGGUACCGCAGCCAGUCGGAAAUCUCCUCCGGCGCCGCUAAUAAAUUUGUCAGUGUGCCUCUUGAUCUUUUGCAACCGAUUAAUCACGAGAAAAUUAUUUCUAAAAAUUGCUUUUACGGCAUUUUAUUCAAAGGUUACAACACAAACUCAAACAAGUAAGUAAAUAAUUUAACUACUAAUCUGUUGAAAAUGUUGGGCAUUUUGGGGGGAUCCUACGGCUUUUUUGUAAAUGGAUGGCCGAAGAAGUCCAGAGGUUGGAGAUUUGCACUUCGAAGAGGCUCUAGGUGACGCAGAGAUAGCGAAUUAACACAUGCACAUUAGCGGCGAACAACAUUGGUAGAGCACUUACGGUUUCAGUAUAGCCCAGAUUGAUCUGAGCGUACGUCGUCGAUCCAAUGGGGCUCUAGAGGCGAGUCGACGAUGAAAAAAAAUGUUAAAACUUAAUUAACGUCAAAGUGACACUGCCAAAGUCAAAGCAAUCAUGGAUUAGGCAUUUCAUUUUAAAUUUAGAUAAUAUCAAGUGGUACAGGGUAUUAGUAUUUUGAGUUGCGUAAAAAUAAUUUUCAGAAGUAAUUCUCUCGUGACUAACGCUGUAUAUAUAUUUUUUUAUAAAUAAUGUCUUGCUGGCAAACGUGGUUCUAUGAAUGAUUAUUUCAAUGUUAAAAAAAAAUUAUUACAAACUAGAGGACCUGAACACGAAGAAAGAAAAGUUCUACUCCACUUUUGUAUUAUUUCUGGAGAUCAUGUAGUUUCUGUGUGAGGUUAUUUGUAAGUUGUUAACUACUUGUAUAACAUUAUGUUACUUUAGUCGUAAUAAUAUCAAUGUAUAGGCAAUACAUAAAUCGGUUAUUUUUUGUUAAGAUUAAUUUAUUGUGACUGAUUAAUAUAUC